AUGGAAAAACCCUUAGACAGCCAACUUGGCAAUUCUCUCCAACCCCCAACCCAAGCAUACCCCAGCACCUCCACAUCACCAACGCAAAAUUACCUGACGACAAAAUACGGUCUGUCUUGCAUACACCCAGGGGAAACAAGCGUUACCGUCGCAUUCUGUGGCGCCGGGCGCCAGCUGAAGUUUCCAGAUCCAGGUUCCGCGUUGUGGAAACGGGGCGCGCCGGUGCGAUUGAACGGGUGA